AUGGCGCGGACCCGCCGGGCUGUCCCCCUCCUCCUCCUCCUCGUUCUCUGCGGCUCCGCAGCGGCCGGACCGACGUUCCUGGUGGUAGCUCCCUGGAACAUCAGACCUGGAGCAAACGUGACUGUUGGGGUAGCUCUGCUGCCGGACAGCCCAGCGCAGGUCACCGUGCGGGGAGAAGUCAUCAGAGAUAAUGAGACCAUCUUGAGAAGGGAGAUGGUCUUCGAGAAAGAUUCCUUUGGGACUCUUGUUCUCCCAGCACUGCCUUUGAACAGUGCUGUUGGGAAUUACGAGUUGCUGGUGGAAGGCCACGCUGACGGCCGCCGCGUCUUCUCCAACCGCACCAGCCUCACAUUCCUGCCAAAGAGCUUCUCUGUGUUCAUCCAGACUGACAAAUCCAUCUAUAAGCCAGGGCAAGAUGUGAUGUUUCGGGUUGUCACUGUCUACCCUCACCUCAAACCUUACAAAGCACCUCUGAAUAUAUUUAUCCGAGACCCUGGGAAGAAAUUGAUUCAACAGUGGUUGAUGGAGGAGGGUGAUUUGGGAGUAGUUUCCAAGAAAUUUCAGUUAUCCAUGAACCCUCCACUGGGAGACUGGUCCAUAGAGGUGGAAGUGAAUGAUCAAGUUCAUUAUCAAAGAUUUAAAGUGAUGGAAUAUGUGCUACCAAAAUUUGAUGUUACAAUAACAGCACCACUCUACUACUCUCUGAGAGAGGAAGAUGUAACUGCUGUUGUCACCGCCAAGUACACCUAUGGAAAGCCAGUAAAGGGGACUGUGACCAUCACUUGCCUUUCUCUCUCUUAUUGGACAAACAAGAGAAAUAUAACAACAACACUGGAGAUAAAUGGAUCUGUGAAUGUGACCUGUAACAAGCUUAUGCUGCAGAACCUGUAUGCUGAUCAGUCGUGGCACCAAGGUGACAGUGAUUACAUAGAGCCCAUAGAAAUGAUCGCGGUGGUCACUGAGUCCCUCACAGGCGCCUCCCAAAACUCAAGCACCAUCAUCUUCCCCAAGCAAAGUGACUACUUCAUUGAGUUUGUGGACUACUCUAGAGUUAUAAAACCCUCUCUGAACUUCAUAGCUACUCUGAAGGUGACACGCUCUGAUAGCAACCAGCUGACAGCUGAAGAGAGGCAGAAUCUGGUCACAGUCACUGCACAACAGUCAGACCUGCUUUUUCAUGACUCUUCAAUUUCUCACCUCGAGAAUGAGGCGACAGAGGAGAGAAACCUGACAGUGCAGGUCCUGAAUUACACCGUCCCAGAAGAUGGAAUCAUUGAUAUUGAGUUUCCAGUCCUGCCUGACACAAAGACUCUGAGAGUUCAGGCAGAGUUCCUCAGCAGCAGGACCGAUGUAGGGGUUUAUGAUGUGUUCAGCUCCCCCAGCCAGACUUACCUCCAGGUUGACACGAAGAGCCAGGAGAUAAAGGCUGGGAAGCCUUUUGAGCUGAGCAUUGCAAGCAACAAGCCAGUGAGACAGUUCCACUAUGUGGUGUUAUCUAAGGAUCAGAUUAUGGAUUUUGGCACGAAGUCUGCAAAAACAUUCACUUUGAUGGCAGAAAAUUCCUGGGCUCCUUUGGCCUGCGUGCUUGUAUUCUACGUUGAUGAGCUUGGAGUGGUUGUAAAUGAUGUUCUCUCCCUCCCUGUUCAGCCUGUUUUGGAUGGCAAGAUUAAAAUCUCUUGGAGCAAAGACAAGGUCAGGCCAUCUGACAAAGUCUCCCUUAAAAUCAGCACACAAGAACCAGGAGCAGUAAUUGGACUUGCAGUUGUUGACAAGAGUACCAAGCUUCUAGGAGAAAGCAGUGACAUAACAGAAGAUACUGUCUUCCAUGAGCUGGAUUUAUACAGCACAAUGCAGUAUUUCCCCCUGGUCAGAGGCUUUUUUGGUGUCUUUCAGAAAUGCAGCCUUUGGGUAUCAACUGAUGCAAUUCUUGAGGAGGAUAAGGAACAUUUUCUUUAUGGAGGAAUGAUACCCAUAGAGGAUGGCUUUGGUGAAGACAUGCCCAUAUCUAAAAAUGGACCACCUGAUUUCAGCAACCUCUACGUGAGGACACAUUUCCCAGAGACUUGGCUUUGGAUCGACACCAAAACUGGAUCUGAGACAGACACCACAAUGGAAGUCACUGUACCUGAUACCAUCACAUCCUGGGCAGCCAGUGCCUUUGUGAUGUCUGAAAAGGGUGGACUUGGAGUGACGACUGCUCCAGUGGAGCUAGAAGCCUUUCAACCCUUCUUCAUUUUCCUGAACCUUCCAUAUUCUGUCGUCAGAGGAGAGCAGUUUGUCUUGGAAGUGAACAUCUUCAAUUACUUGAAUGAAGAAGCUGAGGUUACUGUGAUCCUGGACAUGAAUGAUGCUUUUGAAAUUAUUCUGACAUCCAAUGAAAUCAAUGCUACAGAAAACCAACAGUCUGCAUUGGUACCAAGUGAAGAUGGGAAAACCUUUCAGUUCCCAAUCAAGCCCAAGCAGCUGGGAGAAAUUCCCAUCAAAGUGACAGCAAUAUCAGCUGCUGCUUCUGAUGCUGUCCUCCAGACAGUGCUAGUCAAGGCUGAAGGACUGGAACAAACAUAUUCUCAGACAGUCCUUUUGGACCUGACUAGCAGUAAACCACAAGCAGUGUCAAAAACUCUGGAUUUCACUUUUCCUUCUGACCUCGUAAGUGGUAGUGAAAGAGUACAGAUCACUGCUGUUGGUGACUUGCUCGGGCCUUCUAUCAACGGUUUGGCAUCGCUGAUCAAGAUGCCUUACGGCUGUGGCGAACAGAACAUGAUCAAUUUUGCUCCAAACGUUUAUGUCUUGCAAUACCUGACCAAAACCAGGCAGCUGAGAGAGGAGAUUAGAUCAAAAGCUGUGUCAUUUAUGAGGAAAGGCUACCAGCGAGAGCUGCUUUUCCAGAGGGAUGAUGGCUCUUUUAGUGCCUUUGGAAAUGAAGAUCCCUCUGGGAGCACAUGGUUAUCAGCCUUUGUGUUAAGAUGUUUCCUUCAGGCUCGGCCCUUCAUAGACAUCGACCAGGAUGUGCUCGUGGACACAGCUAAAUGGAUUGUCCGCCACCAGAAGUUAAAUGGAGAGUUUAGUGAGCCUGGGAAAGUGCUGAACAGUGAUCUUCAAGGGGGCACCAAUAAUCCAGUCGCUCUCACAGCCUACAUCAUGCCAUCCCUCAUGGGCUUCCCAGAGAAAGAGCAUGCUUAUGUCAUCAAGACUGCUACAAACUAUCUAGAAGAUAAAUUAAGAGAAGGCAUUUCAGAUAACUACACUCUGGCACUGGUGACAUAUGCGUUGUCCUGGGCAAAAAGCAUGAAAGCAAAGGAAGCACUGAAUGUCCUGAACCAGAGAGCAGAACAGCAAGGAGAAUUUCGUUUCUGGAUAACCCCUGCCUCUGAAAUGUCCGAGUCGUGGCAGCCGCGCUCCAUCGACAUCCAACUGGCAGCCUAUGCUCUGCUCUCACACUUCUAUCAAGACAGGUUAGCAGAGGGCAUCCCCAUUAUGAAAUGGUUAAGUCAGCAAAGAAAUCACCUUGGGGGAUUUUCAUCUACUCAGGACACUGUGGUGGCUCUGCAAGCCUUGAGUCUGUUUGCAACUCUCACAGCUGUGGGCAAAACAGACAUGGAUGUAACAGUGACAGCACCUUCUUGGACAGCACCGGAGAGGUUCUCCAUUGACACUCGGAACCGGUUUCUGCUUCAGACCAAGGAGAUUGCUCCUGCACAACCAAUGGCACUCACAGUGGCAGCAGAGGGAACGGGAUUUGCUGUCUUCCAGCUCAAUGUUAUCUACAACACAAAACACACCGAGCAGAGGCUCAAAUCCAGCCGGAAACAAGAAGCCUUUGACUUGAAUGUUGAUGUAAAGGAUGACAAAGAUGAUAAAAACCAUUUGACUUUGAAUGUGUGCACAAGGUACUUGGGCUCUGGCACAGCUCCUAGCAGUGGUAUGGUCCUCUUGGAGGUUGGGCUACUCAGUGGUUUCUCAGUCUCACCAGAUUUCACUCCAUUAAACCACACAGUGAAGAAGAUGGAAAAGGACAAUGGAAAGGUCAACCUCUACUUAGACUCUCUAAAUGAAACACAGGUUUGUGUGGAUAUUCCAGCUGUGAGAGACUUCAAAGUGGCAAACAUCCAAGAUGCUUCAGUGGCUGUGGUGGAUUACUAUGAACCCAGGAGAAGAGCAGUGAGAAGCUACAAUUCAGAAGUGAUGCAGACCAUAACCCCUUGUGACUUCUGUGAAAGUGACUGCAGUCUGUGCCCCCGAGAUGCCUCCCCAGCCUUGCUUCAGCACUCUCCAUCAGCCCCCUUGUUCUGUGUGCUGCUGCUCCUUCAUGUAAACUUGCUGUGCAGCUGGGUGCUGUAAAAAGGAAACAGAUUGGUUUGCAGCUGAAAGGUUUCCAGACCUUAUCCAAAGAAAAUUUGACAUUCAGACACCAGCCUGUCUUUAGAGAUUACAGUGACCAAACUCCUGCUCUGUUCAGGGAGACCUGGGCUGGCCCAUAUGGUAAAUUUCUGGCUGUGCCAGAAAACUUCUUUAAGUGUCUGCUGGCAAGAAAAACACCCAAACCCAAACCACAACAACUUUCCAAGUGGCAGUUUCUUACUGAAGUUGUUUUCUGAAGAAGCACAGAGUUCCUGAGAAAGCAAUCUGAGAAAAUACAAAGCUAGCUCCACAUUCCCACUUGCUUUUUACCCCAGCCUUCAACUCUGCAUGCUCUUUAGGGGGGGUAUGAGUUCACCAGGCCUUUCCAAAACACCCUCUGCUUCUCUGCUGGGGAGUUGCUAGGCAGAGUGCUGGGAGCUUGCUGUUGGAGCUGGCUUUGUUGUGCUCUGCAGACAUGAUGCUUAACAUUGAGUUUUGCUGUGGGCUCCCAUGGGGAAUAAUAGGAAGAAUGCAAAGAUCACAGGAUGUUAGGGCUUG